AUGGUGCAUCGACGAGUGAUAAUGAAUAAUUAUAUGAAUGAUAAUCAUGAGCAAAGCACUAAGUCGAAUCUAUCGCAAACAAUCGUAUUAGUACUCUCGUUGAUACUUCUAUUUACCAGUAUUGCACUUUGUAUUGGUGGCCUAUUGUCACCGUCAUGGCAAGUGGUCGAUAUACGCGAAUUCCGAGCCAUCCAUCAUCAUGGCUUAUGGCAAGACUGUACACGACCACAUCGGCAUUUUAUGCCCUCAUCACAUGACCAUUCACAUCGUUCGGAACAUAUGGAUGGUCAUUCGUCCGAUUCGAUGGCUUUGUCCUGUACGUAUAAAUUUGAUUAUAGUGCAUCUGAAGUGAUUGACGCAAAUUUGCAUGAUAUCGAUGCGAACAGUGCAGCCGGAGAAGCUGAACAUCAUCAGUUUUUUGGAUGGCACAAAGCAGUUCUCAUUUGUAUAUUCGUUUCACUGAUCGUUGCCGGUGUUGCGAUUUGUUCUGGUAUUUGUGCACCAUGCCAUAGUGCUUGUGCUGUGCUCUACACAAUAUUCAUUUUUAUUGCUCUAUUUUUCUCGAUUGUUGCCAUUGGUAUCUUCUUUUUUGCGGCUCAUCGAGUGGACAGUCGUUUCGUUCAAGGAUUAGUUGGUACAUAUGAGCAGGAAAUUGGGUCCGCAUUUCUCAUUUACGGUGUUGGUACCAUACUUCUGUUGUUUUCGUUCAUUGUCGCGAUUGUGGCUACCUAUCAACUACUUCAAAAAUCUGAACCUGGCCACGAAAUACCAAUGCGUGAACUGGCCCCCUUGUACAACUCACGAAUGAGAGAUACAAUCAUCUAG